GCCAAUCCUGCCACUUCUUCCCUGGCCAGACUAGAGCCUUCCCACGCUGCUCUUACCUCGCCUUUUCUCCGGCCGGUUUGUGAGGGAUUCGGAGACACUCGGCCAAAAUUACUCCAACACUCCAACACAUGUUGGUUCCGUCCCUGGUCAAUCUCUUGUUUAUCCUUUCAAGUUUUCUCAACCGUAUUUUCUUUUUCAAAUACAUCCUCCCCGUCGCUUAAUUCAAUGGUCACCGUGUUCCUAGUCUCUUCGAGGCCUGAGUUACAAUGACCUCGAUCGAUGAAAUAUUCCGGACGCACAAUUCGGCUCCGAAACGCAAGUUAGAAGAUCCCACGUCGUCCUUUACGAAUCCCCUCUCCAAAUCCUCCAAGAUAUCAAAUGGAUCCUCCCCGCGAGGCACCCUAAAUGGCAAUCACGAAUCCUCUGUCACCAACGGCGUCUCCAGCAAACUAGCCUUCGUCCAAGAUGAGCCUCCCGAAGACGACCAGGUCGAAUCCGGUCCUCCCCUGCCGCCGGCCGACCCGGAAGACGAUUUGGGCGAUGACGAAGAAGGCCGCUUUUUUGGGGGUGGGGUCACAAAAGAGGAACAAAUGGUCAUGGACUUUAUCGAACAGAACGAGCAAUCAAACGCUGAAGAAAAAUUCGAUUCGGCCUGGCUGCGACGUACCGCCCUCAAUUUUGAGCGCAAAAUCAACAAAAAUGCCGAACUCCGCGCCAAACACGAACAUGACCCCAUGAAAUUUGUCUCCAGUGAAGCAGACCUCGAUGCUGAGAUCAAAGGCUUGAGCCUCCUGAGCGAGCACGGUGAACUUUACCAGGACUUUGUCAAAUUAGGGUGCGCCAACAGCUUGGUGGGAUUGCUCGCCCACGAGAACACAGACAUCGCCAUCGCCGUUGCCGAACUCCUGGCCGAGUUGACCGAUGAAGAUUCUACCACCACAGAAGAGCAGUGGCAGAUUUUGGUCAAGGCCAUGAUGCAGGCCGACGUCGUCGACUUGUUGACGAGCAAUCUUGGUCGGCUAAAUGAAGAAAAUGACAAUGACCGCGCCGGUAUUUACCACAUCUUGAACGUAGUCGAGAACAUCCUUUCUGAAUCUCAGAAUAUCAACAUUGUCGGAGCCAACGACAAACUCAUGACCUGGCUCCUAGGACGAAUCAGAAAGGUUGAUGCUAAUGCUCGAGGAAAAGUCGGCCAAAACCGCCAGUAUGCUGCCGAGAUUUUGGCCAUUCUUCUCCAGAGCAGUCGACAUAACAGAGAUCGGUUUGCCGCCAAAGAAGGCGUUGACGCCUUACUAGAACUCCUCAGUGUCUAUCGAAAACGAGACCCUGAAAAGGAAUCGGAUGAGGAGGAGUUUGCUGAAAACUUGUUCGACUGUCUGGCCUGCCUCGUUGAGGAACGUCUAGCCGGACAAAAGUUUGUUGAAGGUGAAGGUAUUGAACUUUGUCUCAUCAUGACGCGAGAAGCCAGACUAGCCAAAUUACGCGCGCUACGAGUUCUUGAUCAUGCCAUGAGUGGAGGCCAUGCCACACUUGUAUGCUCAAAAUUGGUCAACGCAGCUGGACUCAAGACCAUCUUCGGGCUCCUGAUGAAUAGCAAAAGGUCCGAACGCAACCUGAUCGAGCAUCUGAUAGGUAUGCUUGCGAGCAUGCUGCGAUACCUGCCUGGAGGAUCUGCGGUCCGGAUACGCACCCUAGCCAAGUUUGUUGAAAAGGACUACGAAAAGCUACUCAAAUUGGUGGAGUUGCGAAAAGAAUAUAAAAUCCGGCUAAGCAAGGUCGAAGCCGAGAUACAGAAGGAACAGGAGGAUCUCUCCAAAGCCGAGGCAGAGGAGAGAGAAGACGAUUGGUUGUCUCGAAGGCUCGACGCUGGCCUCUUUUCUCUCCAGUCGAUCGAGCUGAUCUUGAGCUGGAUGGUAGCCGAGGACAAUGGAGCACGACAAACGAUUACGAUUCUGUUGGGCGAAGAUGGCUUGAAGAUUUUAGAGAAGAGCCUCAGAGACCAGCUUCUCGGCAUGGACACUAGUCAGAGUGACGAGGCAAAAGCUACCGAAGAAAUGCUCGAAGCGUUGAUCUCUUGCGUUGAAGGUUGAGUGCUGAGCUAUUCUUUGAUGGACGCCUUGCAUAGCGCUGCUUUAGUGGAUGGCGCAAAUGAAUCUUUGAGCGUUGGCUUGAUCCUAAUAAUCGAGAUACCCAUUCAAGCACCUUGAAAAAGGCCAACAAUAGUAACGUGGGUAAAAUCCUUAAAUCCUUCUAUCCUUCUAUCCUUCGUGGGGAGGUGUCUCUGGACAAAUGUAGCAUUUAACACGUGAUCAAAA